GCCGCAGCGGCGGCGGUGAGGCCGGGGACACACAGAGGGACACACCGGGCACACAGCCGGAGGGACGGGACGCGAGGGCGGCGGGCGCGGAGCGGAUGCAUCACUGCAGGAGGCUGCGGUCCCCGGAGCAGGACGGCGAGCCGGGGCACCGCUGGAAGCGGCGGCGGUCGCGGAGCCGGGAGUGCGAGGGCAGGCUGCGCUACCCGCCCCGCAGGGAGCUCGCCCGCAGAUCGCGCUCCAGGAGCCAUGAGAGGAUGCCCUACCAGCGGCGCUGCCGGCGGGACAGCGAUGCCUGCAGGCUGGAGGAGUGCAGCCCGUCCUUGGGCCAGGAUUAUUGCCCGGCGCGGCCGCGGCCCUGGCGGCGCUCCCGGGGCCGGGGGCAGCACCAGCAGCGGCCUCGACGCUACCCGCAGCAGCAGCAGCAGCAGCAUUGCCGCCGCCGCAGGAGCAGGUCUUGUAGCAGCGCCUCCUCGAGGAGCCGGCAGAGCAGUAAGCGCAGCAGGAGCGUGGAAGAUGACAAGGAAGGUCACCUGGUGUGCAGGAUCGGCGAUUGGCUUCAAGAGCGAUAUGAAAUCGUGGGCAGCCUCGGUGAAGGCACUUUUGGGAAGGUGGUGGAGUGUGUGGACCACGCCAGAGGCAAGUCCCAGGUGGCACUGAAAAUCAUAAAGAACGUUGGGAAGUACAGAGAGGCUGCCAGGCUGGAAAUCAACGUCCUGAAGAAAAUCAAAGAGAAGGACAAGGAGAACAAGUUCCUGUGCGUUCUCAUGUCGGACUGGUUCAACUUCCACGGCCACAUGUGCAUUGCCUUUGAGCUGCUGGGCAAGAACACCUUCGAGUUCCUGAAGGAGAACAACUUCCAGCCCUACCCCCUGCCACAGAUCCGGCACAUGGCCUACCAGCUGUGCCAUGCCCUGAGAUUUCUACACGACAACCAGCUGACUCACACGGACCUCAAGCCAGAAAACAUCCUGUUUGUCAACUCGGAUUUUGACACUCUGUACAACGAGAACAAGAGCUGUGAGCAGAAGUCCAUCCGGAACACGAGCAUCCGCGUGGCCGACUUUGGCAGCGCCACCUUCGACCACGAGCACCACACCACCAUCGUGGCCACGCGGCACUACCGGCCCCCAGAAGUGAUCCUGGAGCUGGGCUGGGCACAGCCGUGUGAUGUCUGGAGCACUGGCUGCAUUCUGUUCGAGUAUUACCGUGGCUUCACGCUCUUCCAGACCCAUGAGAACCGAGAGCACCUUGUCAUGAUGGAGAAAAUCCUGGGGCCGCUCCCAUCUCACAUGGUCCACAAAACUCGGAAGCAGAAAUACUUCCACAAUGGCAGCCUGGUGUGGGAUGAGAACACGUCCGAUGGCAGAUACGUCCAGGAGAACUGCAAACCCCUGCGGACAUACAUGCUGCACGACUCUCUGGAGCACGCUCAGCUCUUUGACCUGAUGAGGAGGAUGCUGGAAUUCGACCCCUCCCAGAGGAUCACGUUCUCCGAGGCCCUCCUGCACCCUUUCUUUGCCGGGCUCUCGGCAGAGGAGCGGAUGCUGUGCGGGCGCGGCGCCAGCCGGGACCUGAGCAGAUGACGGCCGGGAUCCCUCGGGGAGGAUCCCUCUGGGUGGAUCCCUUGGGACAGAUCCUGCAGGAUGGAUUCCUCAGGAUGGAUCCCACAAGAUGGACCCCACCGGCCUCUGCAGCUCAGCCCCACUCCCCUCCCCGAGUCCACAGGGGCUGGGGCACUGCCACAAGGACCCUGGGAGGAGAGGGGGAAGGAAAGCUCUGUUGGAAA